GUUGAAUUUUCCCGAAGCAAGAGUUCAGUAUUUAAGUUUCCAGCGAAGGAAAGGUCAUAUUCCUGUGCGAGCGUGUUAUUAGAGAGCGAGAUAAAAGCAGGAGGAAAAAGUGAACCCGAGCCACAACAUCCAAGUGGUCCUAUUCGUAGCGCGUGAUGUUUCCAAUGCACGGGAAAAGCAGCAGCAGCUAGUGAGAGCGAAAAGCAGUGCAGUGCGGUGAUUUUUCGUACAGUUUUCACCACCGAGUGUCCCCAAGAGUGUGCAUCCAUCAGAACCAGCCGCGCAGCUAUCACAACUUCGAUAAUCGUACGUGUGCCCGACGGCCGUACGUGUGCCCAAGGUGCAUCGGUGAAAUCGAGUGAAAGGAAAAAUAAAUCUACGGCAGAAGAAAAGAUCGAAAAUUCUAUAUUUAACGAAAGUAGUGGGCAAACAAGCCACAGAGUUAGAGAGCAAGAAAGGGGGAAGGCGAAGAAAAGGUGUUCACCGUGGCGGCAGUAGUUGUUGAUGGUGGUGCUGUGAUCAUAGUCGUCUGUGACAUCUCGUUUUUGCUGCUGUCAGUUUAGGUUGAAGUUUGGAAAUUCGUGCGGGGUCGGACAUCCGAAACAUCCGCACCAUAUCAAAGCCCCGAAGGAAAUCUGGAAAGAGUCAGCCCGAAACCCUUGGAAAGCUUUUGCUAGCCAUAGUACCGUUUCCAUUCGAUAGUGGACAAAAGAAAACGUUCCCAUCAGACGUAGGCCUCUUGCAGCAUCCACGGGUCACCGCGAGGCUAGACACAGCCGCAGCACCGGACAGGAAGCGUGGAACGCAAGCGCUGCGGAACUGGCCAACCGGAAACCACCAUCAAGCGGUGCGCUAUCAUGAAGAGGCGCAAUGCCGACUGUGGCAAAAUCCGACGGCCCAUCAAGAAGAACAAAAUAGCGGAACAGAUUGGCAGCAACACACUGUUGUACUUUAAAUUCCUGCUGCUAUGGGUGUCCGUGAUAACGGCCGACUUUUUGCUAGAAUUCCGCUUCGAAUUUUUGUGGCCGUUCUGGUUAUUGCUACGUUCAGUAUAUGAUUCCUUCAAGUAUAAAGGUCUGGCAUUCUCCGUGCUGUUCGUCUGUAUAGCGAUCACUUCCGAUCUAGUAUGUCUAUUUUUCAUCCCAGUGCAGUGGCUUUUCUUUGCUGCCAGCACCUACGUUUGGGUGCAGUACGUGUGGCAUACAGACAAAGGCAUCUGUUUGCCCACGAUAAUCCUCUGGAUACUGUUCGUGUACCUAGAGGCGGCCAUUCGAUGGAAGGACAGUCGGAACAUACCGCACCUUGAUCUCUGCCGGCCGUUUGCAGCGCAUUGCAUCGGCUAUCCGGUGGUAACGCUUGGCUUCGGUUUCAAGAGCUACGUCGGCUACCGCAUACGCCAGCGCAAGCAGCGCGAGGUGGCGAAGGACAAUGACUUCUACAUGCAGCUUUUGCAGGAAGCAUUGCCGAAGGAGGAAUCGAUCCUGCUCGACCCAGCGGUGACCGACGGUAUGGGUGUAUGUACGCCCGAGCUACUCGGCUCGAAGGACAUGGUACCGGUCGCGACGGCAGUUGCGGUUAGUAGUCUGAAUAACAGUAGCAGUAGCACGACGAGCAGCCGGACCGACACCGGACAAAACCAUCACCACCAUCAUAAUAAUAAUCACAAUCACAACCAUCACCAUCACAACCACCAACAACAGCAGCAACAACAACAGAGCCAUAGUAAGAGUGCGCAAAGUUACAAAGCGUCGAGUAAUGGCGACAGCACGGCCAGCCCGACGCAACAGCACGUGAAUGGCCAUGUAAGCAGUGGCAGCAGCUCGACGGUGAUGGGAGGUGCGAUGAACGGUGGUGUGAAUCACCACCACGCGCCUCAUUCAGGAUCUCUUAAGCAUCGGAAAAGUUUGGAGAAGGACGGCGGCAGUAGCAACAGUUCGGUGGUCAGUUCAGUGAACGGUGGCGGCAAGAUGAACGGUAGCGGUGGAAGCUACUCCUACCACCAGGCUGUCACAGUGCAACAACAGGGCAGUGGAAAUGCCGCCACUUCCACCACCACCACCACCACAACCAGCAACAACCAGAAUACCGCCAGCGGUAUCACCAACAGUACAAAAGACCACGGUGGUAGUGGCGGCAGCAAUCACCUGGGUGGAGGAGCAGGUGGGAAGGAGCAAAAAGACGGCUUAGGAGGAGUGUCGAGCCAAAUCGCGCACAAUCGUAAGGAGGGUGACAAGGAAGUGCCCGGUAGCGGCAGCUCGUCGUCAUCCUCGUCCUCAUCGUCGUCGUCAUCAUCGGUGACAAAUCGAUCUAAAAGUCCCACCGAGACUGUUUCGCACGGUCCGGGAUCGGCAGUGGGGAGUGGUAAAUCGUCCGCUGGCAAGCAAAACGGCCAUGUGCUUAACCAUGACGUCGUGAACAUUGAGAGCAGUAUACCAGCGCCGAGCGAAGCGAAGAGUGGUGGCCGAUCGGGAAGGAAGAAUCGACUGAAGAAGGCGGCCGAGCAGAACCAAGCGAACCUAUCGGCGAUCGCCAAACUGUGCGCCACGCUUGCCCUUGCGUCCUCCGUGUCGACACUGACGACGUCCACCGCAACGUCCGGUGGUAGAGUUGGCGAUACGACGACGCUUACGACGACCACAACCGGAACAACCUCGUCACCGUCAUCAGCAUCGUCGUCGACUAAAGACAAUCAUCAGCAUAACAAUGGCGACCAGACAAACAGCAACAGCAAGGGUGGCAACAUAGCGGGCGAUGGGGGCAGUUCGACGUGUUCCAAUCAGCACGGGCCCAGUUCCGGAUCGAACAAAACGAUGGGAAGUGGAGGAGGAGGAUUGUCCGGACAACAACAGCAUCAACAGUCCGCUGUUACUGUAGUGGUACAGAAAGUGUGCGAAUCCUGUCCACGGCUUGAAGUCGAUCUGAAAAAGUUACGCGCAGAGCUCACGACGCACCGGCAGACGGAGAACGAGCUGAGACAGAAGUAUGAUUCGACUACGGGCAACCUUAAGGCGUGCCUGCAGGCCAAGCAAAAGGACUACGAUGAACUACAGAGCAGGUAUCAAGAGCUUAGCAACCAACGGCAGCAGGAGCGGCAGAGUUUACAAACGGUGGAGCGUCGACUCGGUGAAGAACGGCGCCAUCGGCAAUCGCUCGAGGCGCAGCUCAACAACGAGCGUAAGCACCGGAAGCAGGCGGAGGAAAAGGCGGCUCGGGCCGAGUGCGGCGAGGCGUGCAAGAUGAAGAAAGAGCAAAUGGAGCUGGAGAUCGAUAAGCUACAGCACGAUGUGCUUGCCACGGAGGAUGCGAAACACAUGGCCGAGAAGCAGGCACGAAACUACGAGCAAGAGAUGCGAAAGAUGGAAGUGCAAAUGCGGAAUCGGGAAGCCCAGCAGAACACGGAGGUGCUGAUGAGUGCGCUGGCCGCGAUGCAGGACAAGAACGCAACGCUGGAGAAGAACCUCUCCGCCGAAACGAGAGUUAAGCUGGACUUGUUCUCGGCCCUCGGCGGCACGAGGCGAGAGGUGGAAAUUCUUACUUGUUCGCUACGAUCGAAGGAAAAGGAAAUUUUGGACCUGAAUGCUAAAAUCGUGCAACUGGUGGCUGUUAUGCCGACGCUUACGAACGAUGCGCUCUGUCUGGGUGGCCCCGGUUCCGGUACCGGUUCGGACGGUGUCUCCGGCGCAUCGAUGAUGCGGCUGGCCGAUGCACCACAACUGCUUCCACAACAGCCUAUGGCCGGCGGACCUCUAAACGGGGUCAGCGGGGGUGGCGGCAACCAAGGCGGCGGCGGCGGCCCGCAACCGAAUCCUAUGGCGCACCGGGUGCUGAAUGGGCCACCGAUGAUGAGUCAAUUAGGUAGCCUCGGUGUGCUCACGUCCUCGAUGACAACCCUGCCCUCCGUGUCGUCGGUACUGGCUGGACAGAAUUCCGGGCCACCGCCUGGUUCCGUUGGCGUCAGUUUGGCAUCGCUCGCUGCCGGUUCCGGGAAUCCUUCCAGUGGUGGUGGUGGCAGCAGCCAAAUAGUACAAAUGCAAAGCUCCAAUGCCGCCCCGAACGGCAGCAACUGUCCCUCUAAUCUGGACCCGAACGCGACCGUCUACACGCCGAAGAACAACGGCAUGGUGGGCGGUACUGAAGCCUGACCGCUUGAGCUGUCGUUUCUUCCGCCAUGCAGCGUCUCCUUUGCGUCGCUCGCCUCGACCUCCUUGGCCUCGUUGGUGAGCCAUGCAAGCGGCAGCGGUGGUGGCGGCAGCAACAGCAGCAUUUGUACCAGCGGCUUCUCCGGCAGCUCUAGCAGCAUCACCACGAACAGCCUCACCAGCGCCAGCGUGUCCAGUCUUGCUCAACAACUUAACGCACACCAGUCCUUGCUGUCCUCCGCGGGAGUGGGAACGAUGGGAAGCAGUUUACUCUCAUCGUCUCAUCCCGGAUCACUGCUGCUGUCCCAUCACAACCAUAACCAUCAACCCCAUCAACAGCAGCAGCAGCAGCAACAGUAUCAGCAUCUUCAGCAACACCUUCAGCAACAUCGACAGCAACAGCAUCCAUCGAACGAUCCGUUUGGUUAAACUUAUCGUACUUGUAUUUGCGGCCCGGAAAUCCGGCCGGAAGCAACAUGUUAAUCAGGCUGUUUUGAAGUGCUUUUAUUUAAGUUCCUCCUUUUGGUUGUUUUCUCUCUUUCUUUUUAUUUUUCUCUCUCGCUCUCUCUCUUUUCUAUAUAUCUUGGAAGCUCCCAUUGCCAUUAUUAUUUUGUCCAGCUUAGUUGAAUGGCUAGAAGGCAGAAUAGCAGCUCGACCGAUCUCACUGAAUGUAAUCUCCUAGCGAAAAAAAACAAAAUGUAGUUCAUCAGCCACCCCUACACGAGCUACUACUAGAGGAGGAUGGACGGCAAUGAUUCUUUUUCUGUCCUUUCCGUCAACUUUCUUUCUUUAUUGGCAUAGGAUUGGCCUCCUGAUACUCUCUUUACCAUAUUUUACUUCACAGCACGUUGGAGUAAGAAUUUUCCGAAUUUCACGUUCGGCCAGCUUCGGUAGUCGUUUGAUAAACGAUUACACAAAGCAGCGCAGCAGUACUUAAUUAUUAUUAUAAAUCAGAGAAUUAUCAUCCUUUUAACCGCUA